AUGUACAGUGACGAGUUAGAUCACAGUGACCAUCAUCACAGAGAUGGAUCGAAUUCUGGCAUGACCUCCUCACCAAAGAGAAGUUUCCUCAUCUAUUGGUUGAUUGGUUCUGUCACAAUUCUUGUCUUGUCCAUAAUUUUGAAUAUUGUUCUUAUUGGUCUACAAUUUAAAUCGGGAUCAUCUGUUGACACUACUCAAAAACCAAGGAAUAUUAUUUUCAUGAUUGGAGAUGGUUUCGGUCCUGCUGCCCAAAGUUUUGCUCGAUACAUGAUGAAGAAUUCAGCAUCUAAAAUCACAACACUUGCAUUGGACAAGUAUUUGGUUGGGUCUUCAAAAACUUACUCAUCCUCCUCUGAUGUCACUGAUAGUGCUGCUGGAGCAACUGCAUUCUCAUGUGCACAAAAGACCUACAAUAAUGCAAUUGGAGUUGAUAAGAAUAAGAAACCAUGUGGAACAUUGUUGGAAGCUGCUAUUAAGAAGGGAAUGGUUACUGGACUUGUAGCUACUAAUCCUGUGACAGAUGCUACUCCAGCUGCAUUUUCUGCACACGUUGAUCAUAGAAACAAACAAGAUACCAUUGCCUUCCAACAAAUUAAACAGUUAUCUGACAUUUUUGGAACCUCUACUAAGAAAUAUGGUGUUGAUUUAUUGAUGGGAGGUGGCAGAGCAUACUUUUUACCAAAGGAAUCAGAUGGAAGUCAAAGAAAAGAUUCAACAGACGUCAUUUCUACAGCCAAAGAUCUUGGAUAUCAAUAUGUUGAAAAUAGAAAUGAAUUGAGCAAGAUUGAAAAAUUACCAAUUCUUGGAUUAUUUGCUUUGGAAGAAAUGAAAUAUAAUAUUGAUAGAGAUGAUGAAGAAAUUGAAAAGGAACCAACUCUUACAGAAAUGACCAAGAAGGCACUCCAACUUAUUACAAAGGAAAGCACUGAAAAGAAUCGUGGUUUCUUCCUCAUGGUCGAAGGAUCAAGAAUUGACCAUUGUGCCCAUGCCAAUGAUAUUUCCUGUCAGUGGCAAGAAGUUACCGAAUAUAAUGAAGCAUUCCAAUAUGUAAUGGAUUAUAUUAAGGAAAAUCCAGAUACCUUAGUUGUUUCAACUGCUGAUCAUGAAACUGGAGGUGUAACAAUUAAUAGAGAUGUCGAUUAUGUUAACCAAUAUAUUUUCUACACUGAAAAGAUUAGAGCAGUUACCAAGUCAACUGAAUAUAUUGCCUCUAAAAUUACUAACACUACUGACUUUGCUCAAGUUGCCUCAAUUUUGAAUACAUAUGGUAUUCCAGAUCUUACAAUGGAUGAAUUUAACAUUAUGCAAACAAUUAGAACACCAUUCUUAUUUGCCAUUGAUGAAGUCAUUAAUAGAAGAGCUAGAAUUGGAUUUACCACUCGUGGUCACACUGCAGUCGAUGUGAAUGUUUACAGUUAUGGACCUUCUUCAACUCUCUUCAAUGGAAAUCAAGAAAAUACUGAUAUCGGUCAGAAAAUUGCCACCCUAUUAGGCUUAGAUUUGAAUUCCAUCACAGAACAAGUCAACACCUACAUGAAUAAAUAA